CCACUAAGCCCCGCGCCUUGGGAGCUGCGAAGAGCGGAGCGGUAACAUGGCGGCGCCGGGAGCUGGAGACUCUCUAGAUGCUAAGAGUGGAAAGGCCCCCAUGGCUCAGCGCAUCGACCCGACUCGGGAGAAGCUGACUCCAGCGCAACUGCAAUUUAUGCGGCAGGUGCAGCUCGCCCAGUGGCAGAAGACGCUGCCGCAGCGGCGAACCCGGAACCUCUUGACCGGUCUAGGCAUUGGGGCCGUGGUGUUAGCAAUUUAUGGUUACACCUUCUACUCGGUGUCCCAGGAGCGUUUUCUAGAUGAGCUGGAGGAUGAGGCCAAAGCUGCUCGAGCCCGAGCUCUGGAAAGGGCAUCAGGACACUGAUCCAGAUGGGCAUUGCGCAUCUCCAACCUGCUGGAGCCUCUUCACCUGAUGGAUGGUGCCCCAUGACCCUGUAAAAACUGAGGCCUGCACACAGCAUUGCUGGCCUUCUUACUAACCUUGGACAAUGUAGCCAGGCCCAAGUAGCCAGGGGGUUGUGCAUUUGUCUAUUGUCAAGGGAACAUGCCCACCUCGCACUCACUGUGUGUGCAUUCACAGUAUGCAGCCACUGACUCCUUGUAGUUUGUUUCCUUGUUUGAGGUAUCUGACCUUGGCCUUUCGCAAGCUUUCUGACUUUGUGGUUUAUCCCCUUCUCUUCCCAGGGGCUGGCUGGGAGGGUGGAGAAAAAGAGGUGGGCUGUUAUGGGGGUGGGUGUGGCAGCUCUGUGCAGGGUUGGAGCCUAAAGUGGGGAAGAUGGGGUCAGGUUGAGAAUAAUAAACUGAGUCAUCUCUCUUGGAGUUCA